GAAAACCUCCUCAGCAACAAGUGCCUGGAAGGUUCCGCACAGAGGAGUGCGUUCAAGCCAACCCGGCCUUACUGUAUUGUUAUUUCAAGAACCUUACAAAAUAUUACGUUUAACUUUUACGCACGCUCUAGAGGCACGAUAAACUCUGAGCUUUUUUUUACGCACACAGUUGAAUCCAAAGUCUUUUAAAGAAAAGAUGGAGCUGUCGGAUAUUCCGUUCCCCAUCCCCUCGACAGAUGAUUUCUAUGAUGACCCCUGCUUCAACACCAGCGACAUGCACUUCUUCGAAGACCUGGACCCUAGACUAGUGCACGUGAGCUUGCUCAAGGCGGACGAACACAACCACAUGGAAGACGAACACAUCCGGGCGCCGAGCGGCCACCACCAAGCUGGCAGGUGUCUCCUGUGGGCGUGUAAAGCAUGCAAGAGAAAAACCACCAACGCAGAUCGGCGCAAAGCCGCAACCAUGAGAGAGAGGAGACGCCUGAGCAAAGUCAACGAUGCUUUUGAAACCCUGAAGAGGUGCACGUCUACUAACCCUAAUCAGAGGCUUCCCAAGGUGGAGAUCUUGAGAAACGCCAUCAGUUACAUUGAGUCUCUCCAAGCCUUACUCAGAAGUCAAGAGGACAACUACUACCCGGUUCUGGAACAAUACAGCGGUGAUUCCGACGCCUCCAGUCCCAGGUCCAACUGCUCAGAUGGCAUGAUGGAUUUUAAUGGCCCUGCUCGCGCGUCCGGAAGAAGAAACAGCUAUGACAACUCGUACUUCAGCGAAGCUCCAAAUGGAGAUGUACGGAGUAAUAAGAACCCAGUGGUGUCGAGUUUGGACUGUUUGUCCAGUAUCGUGGAGCGGAUUUCCACCGAGUCUCCCGCCGCCUCCACGCUCCCUGCACAGGAUCUGUGUGAAGGGAUCACCGGCUCUUCUCCAGAAACUAGCGCGCCUUCCCCAAAUGACACCUGCAGCCCGACCGGCCCGACCCACGACCCCAUCUACCAAGUGCUCUGAACAGUAAAGAGGAAAUGCAUCCAUACCCCCAUCCAGAGAACAUGAGGGACGAUGGAAACCAACAACCAUUUACGAGGACUACUACACCUGUCAUAAACUGAGCAAAAAAAAAAAAAAACUACCACAAAUCUGUUCAAGAAGUUGGAGAACAGAAGAAUCUAAAAAUCCUUUAGAUUUUCUUUCUUUCUUUCUUUCUUUCUUUCUUUCUUUCUUUCUUUCUUUCUUUCUUUCUUUCUAGAAAAUGUCAAAUUCCAUUAUGAUCGUGGCUCUACAGAAGUCAGUUUCUUAACUCAGCUUAUUUAUAUAAUAAUGCAUUAUUGCCAUAUGUGACCAUAUUUUCCCUUUCUUUUUGAAACUACUUUCUGUCACUUUCAUCUUUUAUUUUCCUAAUUAUUUACAAAGAAUAACCACUGCAGAUAUGAACAUUAGAGGACCAUUUUUGUACAUGUGUAUAUAAGAGCGGUUUUUGUUAAAAACACGGAGAAACGAACGAACAUAAUUGUGUAUUUAAUAUGGCCUGUUUGAGACGUUUGUUGUGUCCAGCGUUUAAACUUUAUAUUUAUACAUCUUCAACGAGUGAAUGUCGAAUAAAUAAAGAUAUGAAUUAUUUAUACACAGA